AUGAGAAAGUUGUUCUUCGCCCUUAUCGUUGCUCCUUGGGCUUGUCUGGGCUUGUCGGGCUGUGCGAACUGUGAGGACUCAACCGACGCAACCUGUACUUUCCAAACGAACAUGCAGGAGCCUUCAACUGCAGACACUGCCACAAACACCGAUGCCUCCAUUGCAAGGGACGUGCUUUUCUUCUUGGGCCGCAAGCCCAUGCCCGAGCUCAUCCAGUACAGCGAGGAUGAGCUGCGGAAUUCGGCCAUCAGUGACUUGGAGCCAAGAUGCUCCACACCGGUAUCAUCCAUACAGAGUCUCAGCACUGACGAGGUCGCAUAUGCUCUCCUGGUCGAGUCGAUCCUGUCGCGGGACCCAGCGGGUCACGCGGGAUUGACCGCCAUGAGCAUAGAAGACCAACGGAACACACUCAUCGUGGCGAACAAUCAGAGGCUGCGGAGCAAGUCAAUUGCACAGCUGCAGGCGUUGAAUUCCUACCAGAACAGUCGCUUAGCUUACGACUGGCUUCUUCCAGCGCUUGCCAGCCGCCUCAUCGACAGCGUUGGAAACCUGGCACUGGGCACAGCGACGUUCCAAGCGUCUGCACUGAACAGCAUCUCCAGUCCUCCAUCUACUGUUGGCAUGGAUGUGGCGUGCAUUCGCUUCCAUGACGGGUUGAAUUCAUGGAUCGCAGUAUUCCACAAGCAACAACCGCAUGAGGAUCUCUUUGAUCUUUAUGUCGCCGUGGGCUCCAGCCCAAAUUCCCUCGAAGUGACAGCGGUUCUUGGGACAAAUGCCUCCAUGGGGCAGUUUUACUUCCUUGGGGACGGAGUGUUGCUCCUCUACGAGCAGAACAACAUUGGCGGGCCCUCGGUCGCGGCGUCCUACUACGAAAACCUGAAAGACUUCCUAAGUGGGCAGAGCGACCCGAAGACGUUUGUGUCCCAGCAGACCUUAGGAGGGAGUGCCGAGGGCACACCAUCGCUCACAGUCAUCGAUGAGACGGCAGAUGAGUUGACCAUCGGCAUGCACUGCUACAUAAGUAAAGGUGGUACGAAGGUUGACCAACAGGCGGUGGCAGUGCUUCGCGGGUUCCUUCGAGGUUCGAGUAAAGACUGGCAGUGGCAAGCGCAACUGCUCAAAGUGGUGAAUGAUUGGCUUCCGGAGGACGGCUUCACUGGAAAAUUGGGGUCACGGAGUUCCUUCUACUGGGCCAACGAGCGGUGGUUUAUCAUGGAAGCUCAGGGUGAGCUGGACAACUGGUACACUUGGAGGAUCGUUUUGGGUGAUGGGCUUGGCUUCGUAGAGGUACCGAUUCGCAUGGCAUCCAACUCCACCACCAAUCCGGUCUUCACUACCUUUUUGAACUCCUCCGAGCGAGUGGCCGUCAGCACCUUCUUCAUCCCAUCCGAGGGUUCAGGCCCCGACCAGGCGGGCGAGUUGCUGCACAUCUUCCCACUUCCAUAA